CGAGACGUCGCGCAUGUCGUGAAUGAACCACGGAGAGACGGAGGCGCGCGAGCUUAACCUAAAUCUUGCUUAAAGGAGUACGCCGGUACGAACGUAGAAAAGAAAAAAAAAUGUCGUGGCUAUUCGGCUAUCGGAAUUCGCAGCCGCCGCAGGAUUUCUCGCAAUUCGUCGCGCAACCGCCACCCGGUGCGGGUGGCGGCGACAGCGUCAACGGUGGCGGUAACAACCCUCCGUCGAGGAUCAGCAGCUCUCAAAUGGAAGCGUACAGAUUCGAUUCGGCCGCCCUGGAACGGGCCGCCUCGGCUGCCAAGGAACUCGAACGAUCCAAACAUGCAAGAGAAGCCUUGGAUCUAUCUAAAAUGCAAGAAACCACAAGACAAGUGGAAUUGCAGACUGAAAUGAAGAAAUACGAAGCCAGUAUUGAACAGUUUAAAGUGGAGCAAAAACGAGUGGAUGCUGAGGAAAGAAGAAAAACUAUGCAAGAAGAGACAAAGCAACAUCAAAUGAGAGCACAGUAUCAAGAUCAAUUGUCUAGAAAGCGUUACGAGGAUCAAUUAAUCCAGCAACAAAAGAUGAACGACGAAAAUCUGAGAAGGCAAGAGGAAUCGGUAGCCAAACAAGAAGCCAUGAGAAAAGCUACGAUAGAGCACGAGAUGGAAUUGAGGCAUAAGAACGAGAUGAGGAAACUAGAGGCAGAAUUAAAGGCCAAAGCAAAAGUUGACAGAGAAAAUCAAGAUCUUAAUUUGGAACAGAUUAGAUUGAAAGCUGCAGAGAAGAGGAUUACCGUUUUAGAAUCUAUAAAAACAGCCGGCUCAGUAUUAGGCUCGGGAGCCAAAGCCAUGCUAGAAGAUCGGGAUAAGAUCCUCGCGGCGGCGGGCGGUUUGUCACUUGUAGCCCUCGGAAUAUACACUGCCAAGAGUUCGACUGGCGUAGUAUCGCGCUACAUCGAGUCUCGCUUAGGGAAACCGUCAUUGGUACGUGAGACAUCUAGAUUUACGUUCCUCGAUACCAUCCAGCAUCCAAUUCAAGCGGUGAAGAAGUUGAAAAGCAAACAGACCGACGCGCUGUCCGGCGUAAUUCUUGCACCGAAACUUGAGGAGAGGCUGCGCGACAUCGCGAUAGCCACGAAAAACACGAAGCAAAAUCGCGGCAUGUAUAGAAACAUACUGAUGCACGGUCCGCCAGGAACUGGUAAGACUAUGUUCGCUAAGAAACUGGCCGAACACUCUGGUAUGGAUUACGCGAUCGUGACGGGUGGUGAUUUGGCGCCGUUGGGUAGAGACGGCGUGACUGCCAUUCACAAGGUGUUCGAUUGGGCAUUGACGUCUCGAAAGGGAUUAUUGCUGUUCAUCGACGAGGCGGACGCAUUUCUAAGAAAACGCUCGAGCGAGCAUAUCUCGGAGGAUCUCCGAGCGAUGUUGAACGCGUUCCUGUACCGGACCGGUGAACAGAGCAACAAGUUUAUGCUGGUGCUUGCGUCGAAUACGCCCGAGCAGUUCGAUUGGGCGGUAAACGAUCGACUGGACGAGAUGGUGGAGUUCCGUCUUCCGGGUCGCGAGGAACGCGAACGUCUGGUCCGCCUGUACUUUGACAAAUUUGUCCUGCAACCGGCGAUCGAGGGUAAUAAGAGACUGAAAGUUGCGCAAUUCGACUACAGCUCGCUGUGUAGCAAAAUGGCCGAUCUGACAGAAGGAAUGUCUGGACGAGAGUUGGCAAAACUCGGGGUCACCUGGCAAGCAGCGGCCUAUGCUUCAGAGGACGGCGUGUUAACGGAAAAGAUGGUCAUGGAUAGGUGUCUCGAAGCCAUUAAGCAGCACAAACAGAAGGUACAAUGGCAAAGCGAGCAAGAGAAGCAAGAAUCGAAGUCAAUAUAUGCCGCGGAGGACGACGCAGUUGUCCGUUCGACUUCAAAAGUUCCGGCAAUAGAACCAUGUCCGGAAAAUACAAUAGCUACAGCCUAGAUAAUUGCAAGAUGCAAU